UCAUCUGCACAGAUCACAGAGAACCUAUGUGAUCUUCUGUGGAUCUGUGGAAUGUUCUUUCAUUUGCGUCAGUCCAUGUGUUUGCAGCAAUUUGAGGAAAACGUGAUUUUCUUCAGUUUAAAACACCUUUAAACGAACCGUAUUGAAAUGGCACUGUAUAAUUUUAAGAGAAUUGCGGUAGUGCCCACUGCCAAGGACUUUGUAGAUAUUAUCUUAUCUAAAACCCAACGGAAGACCCCCACAGUAGUGCACAAGCAAUACAAAAUAACCAGAAUCCGCUCGUUUUAUACGCGCAAAGUGAAAUUUGCCCAGCAAAGCUUUCACGAUCGACUAACACAGAUCUUGACCGAAUUUCCCAAACUGGACGAUGUGCACCCGUUCUAUGCGGAUUUAAUGGACGUUCUGUAUGAUAAGGACCAUUACAAACUGGCCCUGGGACAGAUUAACACCGCCAGGCAUUUAAUAGAUAAUGUUUCCAAGGAUUAUGUGAGGCUGCUGAAGUACGGAGAUUCGCUGUAUAGAUGCAAGCAACUGAAGAGGGCUGCGCUGGGUCGGAUGGCUACCAUAAUGAAGAGACAGGGCUCGAACUUGACAUAUCUGGAACAAGUGAGGCAGCAUUUGGCCCGAUUGCCUUCAAUCGACCCGAACACCAGAACCAUCAUAAUUUGCGGCUUUCCUAACGUUGGCAAGUCUUCAUUCAUCAAUAAAAUCACCAGGGCAGAUGUGGAGGUACAACCCUAUGCCUUCACGACGAAGAGUCUCUAUGUGGGACACACCGAUUAUAAAUAUUUGCGCUGGCAAGUGAUAGACACUCCUGGAAUUUUGGAUCACUCCCUGGAAGAGCGAAAUGUUAUCGAAAUGCAAGCCGUUACUGCACUGGCCCAUCUCAAGGCUUGUGUAUUGUACUUCAUGGAUUUGUCUGAACAAUGUGGGCAUACUUUGGACGAACAAGUGAAGUUAUUCGAGUCAAUAAAGCCGCUUUUCGCCAAUAAACCGCUGAUAAUUGUGGCAAACAAAGUCGACAUUUUGAGACUUGAGGAACUAACCCCUGAACGGCGAGCCAUUUUGGAGGGUAUUGAAGCAGACCCCGAAUUGAACAUCCUGGAAAUGUCCACUGUAACAGAUGAGGGAGUGAUGGAGGCGAAAAUUGAGGCGUGCGAGAAACUGCUGGGUUACCGGGUUGACCAAAAAAUGAGGUCCAAAAAGGUCGAUGGAAUCCUUAAUCGUCUGAAUGUGGCCAUGCCGGUAAGCCGCGAUAACAAAGAGCGCCCCCCUUGUAUUCCUGAGAGUGUUCUGCUGAAGAAACGCGAGCAGGCUGAAAAGAGGAAGCGCAAGCUGGCUAGGGACUUUGAACUGGAAGCUGGAGAUGACUAUACUGUCGACCUGGCCAAGGAAUACACCACCAUACCAGAAGAGGAGAGGCACGAUAUUAUUCCGGAAAUUUGGGAAGGGCACAAUAUUGCCGACUAUAUUGACCCGGAUAUAUUCGAAAAACUCGCUGAAUUGGAGCGGGAGGAAGAACUGCGCGAAGAAACCGGAAUGUAUGUCGUUCCGAAGAUUGAGCUUGAUGAAACAAUGCAGGAAAUAAAGAAAUUGGCCCAACAAAUCAGGGAUAAGAAGGUAAUUCUCAAGGAAGAAUCAAAGAUCAACAAGCAAAGCAGGAAGCCAGUGAUACCACGCACGGCUGGAGCAAAGGUUCGAGAUCGUUCAGUCGCCAAGCUGAGGAAAAGCAUGGAAAGUCUGGGAGUUGACAUGUCUGGAACUUCUAAGGCCAACUUCACGCAAACCAAACAAAGAGCCCGAUCAGUGGGGCCGGUGGCGAAGAAAGCCCGCAUGGACGUGGUGGUUGAUGGUAGAUCCAGAGGCCUAUCUAAACCACCGAGAAACGAACAAGGCAUUAAGGAUGUGGCGAUGAAGAACAAGCUGGCUAGAAUUGCCCAUAGGGCCAUUGCGAAGAAAGUGGGCAGACUGGGUCUCAAAGGGGAGGCCGAUCGGUUCAUUGGAACUAAAAUGCCUAGACAUCUGUUCUCCGGCAAACGUGGAAAUGGAAAAACUGAUCGAAGAUAAUUUUGUUCACGUGUUCAAGUAAUUUCACUUUUUGUUAAUUCAUUCUUCAUAAAGGUGAACAUUUUCCGUAUUUUAUUAGAGCCGAUGUAUUUAAAUAAUUUAAAAAAUUCAAUCAAGAUGGAAAUUGCUCAAUUA